AUGGCUCAAAACGAGAUCUCCUCGGUGGAAGAAACCGGUGUGAUAGUAUGCGGCGGAGGCCCAACGGGCGUGGUACUGUCCGCGUUACUGGGGACGCUGAAAGUGCCCAAUAUUGUACUGGAGAGGGAAAAAGAUAUCACGAAUGACCCCAGAGGGAUCGCUCUGGAUGAGGAUGGCAUCCGCAUCCUUCAGGCAAUCGGCAUCUAUGACCGGAUAUUUACAGAAAUGGGCUCUAGCAUGGAGGUCUUCAACUUUAUCACAGGUAGCAAACCGGAUCUGACCAAGAAACCGUUGAUCCGGUUCAAGUACGGAACCACCGAGGGAGGCACUGGCCAUGUUGGUUUCAUUUGCCAUAAGCAGCCGGCCAUGGAAAAGGCGAUUCGUGACCAGAUCGAAAAAAUCCCUUUUUCGCAGAUCCGCACACAAUCUACCGUGAUGGGGGUCAGCGAAGACAGUGAAAGUGUACAGGUGACGUACCAGGAUGGUCAAGGGCAAACCCGUCAACUGAAAGCGUCCUUCCUCGUGGGAGCGGAUGGAAAGACGGGCUAUGUCCGCAAGAAGUACCUCGAACCCAAAGGAAUCAUCAUGGAGAAAUGUGAACAGUCGACAUACGAAGAGACAUGGGUGGCGCUGAACUGGAAGAUAUCCCUGCCGACGGAAAAGACGCAUCCCGACUUUCCUUUGUGGCGGCUGGGGUACACUCCAGAGCAGGUGUAUGACCUAUUCUUUCCCAGAGAGUUUCGGUUCUUGUGCAAUCCAAACCGACCUUCGGUCUGUGGCAGGUUCGGACUGCCACAAGACCGAUUGUGGAGAUUCGAGUUUGUGGUUCAGAAAGGAGAAGAUGGUCACAAAAUGGCGACGCCGGAAGAAGUGGCCAAGAUCAUCUAUCCUUACCUUACUCAUCCUGGAAGUCGCUAUGGUCUGAACCAGGACGUCCAAUUCCCACCGGAAUGCAUCACAACCUUGCGAUCUCGGCCGUUUUCCUUCGUGGCAAGGAGUUGCAACAAAUGGGCAUUAGGCAGGGUGAUCCUCGCUGGGGAUGCCGCUCACGUCUUCCCGCCUUUUGGUGGCCAGGGCAUCGCCUCGGGAUUUCGAGACGCGUCAGGACUGGCGUGGAGACUGGCUUUACUUCAUCGCAAUCCAACCGCAAACCAUGAGCCAGUCCUAAGAGCCUGGUACACGGAACGCAAACAACAACUCGAGAAAUCGUUGGCCGCCACCAUCCGAAAUGGCGAAUAUGUCAACGAGGCCGAUCCGCUCAAGCUCCUGAUCCGUGAAUGGUACAUGUGGGCCAUCCAGCUGAUCCCGAGUAUAAGAAAGAAGGUCGAACUGGGGCAACGAGCGGAGGGCAUGGCGAGAUAUCGACACAGCCCCGGACUUCCUUUCCUCGACGAUAUGGCAGGCGGCUUUCUCCUGCCCCAGGUCUAUGCGUACAAUUUCAAGACCAAGUCAGUCUGCUUCACGGACGACCUCAUUUUCUCACCUGGAAAGACUGGACUUUUCCAGUUGCUCGUGUUACCAGACAGUCCGCGAGAAGUCGAUGCUCUGCUGGAGGGUAUCGAGGAUAUCGACGGUCUCUCCGAUAACCUUCUCCGCUCAAAGGAGGCCACUGUGUUGAUCCAGUCAAUGGAUUGUACCUUGACGUCGCCGCCAGGAUAUGUCCAGAAUGCGGCACGGAUCGCGACGGGCGCCGAGUUCGCAGCCGAUGCCGUCCUGUGCAGAAACCGGCCGCCUCCAAUCGGCUAUGAUGAGCUGCGACUGAAGAAGGAGGUCGGCGGCAAGAAGUACGUGAUUGUGCGACAUGACCGAUUUGUCUUUGCAGCUUGCGAUAGCCGGGACGAGCUGAAGGAAGCUGCUCGCCGGCUUGUGAGCACUGUGAUGUGCAAUCAGCCAUGA